UCAUCAUCUUUAACUACGCUCUUCUGAAGCCGUUGCUGAGAGUUCGCACGACACCAACGAUGGCGGCGACCACCGUGUGAGAUUUCUCUUGGCCUUGUGCACAAGACACCGCCAAGGGUGGUGGCGACGAAGAACAAGGAGUUCGACGAAGGAGAGGAUGAGGACCGCCAAUUCCAGUCGGAGCGAUCUCUAAACCAUCACCAACAGCAGUGGAGGAGACAGAAGCCGGAGCAACGGAUCGAAGGAAAAGGAUACUUUGAAUGGGACUCUAGGCUAUACCUGGUUGUAGGUGGAUCUGUUUUCUCCGAUACACAUCAUGGGUGACUCGACAGCAAUGACCAUCGAGUUCCUUCGUGCUAGAUUGCUUUCCGAGAGAACUGUUUCUAAAGCUGCAAAGGAGAGAUCUGAGCAGUUGGCUACAAGGGUCAUGGAGUUAGAGGAGCAGCUUAGGAUCGUGAGUAUCCAAAGGAGAAAAGCAGAACAGGCAGCAACGGAGGCCAUCUCUAUUCUAGAAAUUAAUGGGAGCAACAAUCUAUCCGAGGCAGUUGAUUCUAGCUCUGAGAAAGAUGGAAGUCCUAGUGAUGGGAAAGAAUGUGAUGAAGCUUUUAAAGAAGAUGAAGCCUCGACAGCCUCGAAAGGGGAGAGGCUUGAAGUUGAGGAUGCACAAUCAAUUUCUGAGCAUGAAGUUUCUCCCUCCCAAGUUGGGAGCUUAUCAUGGAAAAGCCGUAGUAGCAGCCCAGAUUUCACUCGAAAGCUAAAAGGCAAACAAUUUAGGUCAAAGCAGAGACGAAUCAGUUUGAGGUCGUCUGUUGAAACUUCCCCAAAGUAUAAUUUGGGAAAGUCAUGCCGCAAGAUAAAACGAAAGGAAAUGAGAUCAACCGCUGAGGAUAAGGGUGAUUAUCAUCACAUUCUUGACGAUCACAAACCUGAAUUAUCUGGGAAUGUUUCAGAAAGUCAGUCAUCUUUUGUAGAUGUUCAAGAGAAAGAAGCUGAUGGUAGUCAUUAUGCAAUUGGGAAUGGGAGAGAUGAAGAGAUGGAGAGAGUUUUAAAGGAGCAAGCCCAGCUCAUUGGUCAGUAUGAAGCAGAAGAAAAAGCUCAAAGAGAAUGGGAACAGAAAUACAAUGAGAAUAAAAACUCAAACACGGAACACUUUGAACCUGGGAAGCAGUGUCAUGCAGCUGAAAUUAAUAUGAAAUCCCAGAAAGAGUCAUCUGCAUUUUUUGACAGAAUAGCAUAUGAAUAUGAAGAGGCAAAAUCAAGUAUUUGUGCUUUCUCCAGGACCGACAUACCUGGAUGUCUAUCUGAUGAUCCUCUGCUUAAAUUAUCAGAUGGCGCAGAUCAACGAACUGCUGAUGGAGACAAAGAUGUAAAUAUCAUUGAAUUCUCCAAUGCCAUCGUGCCAACUGAUCUACCUGUAUGUGGGAUUGGAAGUGAUUCUCAAGCUUGUGUUGAUGGCAAUCAUGUGGCAGAAAACAACACUGAAGGUCUUGUUGUGGUUGCACUUCCCACAAAAGUAAGCACCAUUUCAACUCCACUUGGGAAAGUCAAUCAAAACUCUGACAGCGGGUCUAGUAGCAAUAUCAAUUUACAUGCACAUAGCCAUAUUAAUUCACCAUCAAUUGGAAGCCCUUCAACUGCUGAUCCCGUGAGAGAGAGACCUAAAUGGGAAUCAUCAGCAACUCAUGAUCUGUCCUACAUGAAACAAUCUCCAUCAGCUGCCACCAGCUUGGGGGGUGUUCUCGAAGCUCUCCAGCAUGCCAAGAACUCCUUGAGACAAGAGCUCCAUAAGUUGCCUUUGCCAGAUCCAGCCAUCAAGGCUUUACCAGCACCGAGUAACUACCAUGUUAGGGCUGUUGUAUCUGAUGAAUCUUCCAAAGUUCCUGUUUGUUCUGUUGGCCUGUUCAGAAUACCAACCGACCAUUCUCAUCAGUCACAAAAUUCAGAGCAUGAAUUCCAUGGUUCAGGAUUAAGUUUGGCAGCUGGCCAUCCUCAUCUUGGAUACGCCAUCACUACAAGUGAUCGUCGUGGUUCAAUUAUUCCAUAUGUGUCCAAGGAAUCCAUGGGUGCAUUGAAAUUCAGUAAUUACCUUCCAGGAAAGCAGCAUUUCAACACUUACUCCCCGGGAAUAGGAAUUCCUGCUUUCGACAGGUGUUCCCUGCCUUCAGAUUUAAGAACAUCCUUUCCAAGCAGAUCUGGAAGCUCCACACAUAACCAGUAUUUCGAUUCCCGUUUAGGUACCCAAGAGCCUCCUUUGAGUACAUAUUCCUUUGCAUACUCAGGCUUGGCAACAGAUCAAAUGCUCGUUCAUGAUGGACUUCCAAAACCUUAUACUUACAAGAGAAAUCGAACGCCUUCAUAUGGCGGUGAUGGUUAUGGUAAAUGGGACUCGAUCUGAUAUGCAGAUUUUGUAGCACUUGCUGUAGCACGUAAGUACUGUGAACUUACUCUUCCUGCAUGUAUUCCAUUGCUUUGCAUGACAUUUGAAGUUACUAGUUUCAGAUUGUAGAUGGUUCUACCUUUUUAUAUCUAGGAGAUGUUCUCUUUUGCUGUGUC